GGAUCAAUGUGACUCUUAUCUUUUUCUUUGCUUUUUCUUUCCGUUGGUCAUGAUCACCCGCUGUGCAUCGCGACUCAUCGGCACAGCUCAGCGAAUUCAAUCUCUAUCUCGAUCCCCUGUACUCAUGGCUCCCUUGGCAAACAAAAGGACCUACACCAGUGUCCCUCAUGAUCAAGUAACGGAAUCGGUGUCCGUAAAGGAAACGACGAUGACAUCGGUUGAAACUGAAGAGUCAUUGCAGCAAGCGAGAGAGGCCAAUAAGCUGAGGUUCAAGCAGUAUAUGAAAACUCUGGCUCCCCUGGCCUACCCCGUUCACUAUGUAUUGAAAUGCGUCUCUGAAAACGAUGCCAUUGAAGAGGCCAUUCAAGAUAUGCUAAACUCCGGAGAGAAAGCGUUUGGGUUCGAUAUGGAAUGGCCACCGACGUUUGUAAAAGGUGAAAAAGAGAAAAAGACAAGUUUGAUCCAAAUUUGCAGCAGCAACAAAAUUAUUUUAUUGCAAAUUGGAAGGUUAAAAGCCCUUCCUCCUGUUUUGUGCCAAUUUCUCGCGGAUCGAUCUAUUCUGAAAACCGGCGUAGGCAUUCGAGGCGACGCGUUAAAAUUACAUCGUGAUUACGGUGUAAUCACCAACGGUUUGGUAGAUUUAAGUACCAUGGCCCAUGAAUAUGGGAAAACUAAACUACAAUCCACGAAUCUACGAUCCUUGCAGGCCUUGUCAGCCUUAUUUUUGGAGCAACAGAUGCCUAAAGGAAAAGUGCGAUGUAGUAACUGGAACGCAGUCGAACUGACACCGAGGCAACAGGCGUAUGCGGCCAACGACGCAUACGCCUCAUACGCAUUGUACCAUGUAUUCAAAAACGUCCGUGAUGAAAUGAAAGCACCUCUCCCACCCAAGUAUAUAAUCCACAUCUCGGAUGAAACCCUGCCACCACCAAAAGCACCCACUACUGUAAAUAAGAAGACCACUGAACGAUCGGCAGCGAAUAACAAAGGCAUGCCGAAAGCUACCAUUACCGUGAUCAAACCCAAGUCCACGGUGGAAACGAAUGACCAACACCCCAAGAAAAAGCAAAAGCCAUAACUGUCCAGGACACCUAACAAUUUUUUUUUCGCCACUUUAUCCAAUCCUCCCCCCCUCAUAUACUCUAGACUUGCAGUAUAUCAUUGUACAAUAAGCAUUUACAAUAAGCAUUCGCAACACGUCUUAACAACAAGAUUAUUUUUGGCUUAUUACUGUUCAUUCUACAGUUGGCCGGGUUGUUG